UGAUUCAAUUUCCCAUUCUUUUUCGCAGGUUCGCUGUUAGUGAGGGGCGGAAUGGCAAAUUCUGGCACGAGCUUCAACUCUCUCUCCGAGAGCGAAACCCUCCCCCCUCUGCCUAUGGGACCACCUGCGAUGCCACAGAAUCGCUUCGAACCCUAUUUCGAUGCAAUGACUCCACGUAAUGUAACAGCCCUCGUUGGGAAAUCAGCCUAUCUCACAUGCCGAGUUAGAAAUUUGGGAAAUAAGACGGUGUCCUGGAUCCGGCACAGAGACAUUCACAUUUUAACGGUUGGCAGUUAUACUUACACGAGCGAUCAACGUUUCCAAGCCAAUCAUCACCCCGAGACCGACGAAUGGACGCUCCAGAUUAAAUGGGCGCAAAAGAGAGAUGCGGGAAUCUACGAAUGCCAAAUUAGUACCCAGCCUGUGCGAAGCUAUUUUGUUAGUCUCAACGUUGUUGUGCCGACCGCCCAAAUUCUCGGAGGGCCAGAUCUGCACGUGGACAAGGGCAGCACCAUCAACCUGACCUGCUCGAUAAGAUUCAGCCCCGAGCCGCCAGCGUACAUCUUCUGGUAUCACCAUGACGACGUGAUAAGCUACGACUCGAGCCGUGGCGGCGUGAGCGUCAUCACCGAGAAGGGCGACGUGACGACCAGCUUCCUGCUGAUCCAGCACGCCGACAUUUCGGACUCGGGCAAGUACUCGUGCAGCCCCUCCAACGCGGACGUCGCCAGCGUGAGGGUGCACGUUUUGAACGGAGAGAGGCCAGCUGCCAUGCAAACUGGAUCGGCAGGGCUGUCGAAUAGUUCGUUGAACAUCCUAGCAUUAAUAAUCAUCUCCUAUCUCUACACUUCGUGCUAUUUUAGCAACUUCGAUCCAAGCACGGCAUCUGUAAGGAAUAUGAUCGACUUAAGUCUGACGGCUUCUUCGACAUUUCUGAAUGUUUAA